AUGGGAGGAAGAGUCCAUAUGCGUGCUAUCUGCAGGAUAGAUCCGACUCCAAAAGCCCAUAAAUUGGGACUCAUUAUUGAGUUCGGAUGGGAUUUCUUCAAACGACAUCAGAAUGAGAGGCUGAUUAUCGAGAGAUGCCUGAUGAGGGCAGUACAUGAGCUCUACGCCAAUCUAACCACGGUUCAAAGACAGUUUGUCUUUGUCAGAGGGACCAUAAUAGAGGUUAGCCCUAAUGCCAUUAGGGAAGUUUUGGGAUUGCCAGAGGUCGAUAAUGAUUGGGAGGAUGAUAUCACUCAUAUCCCAAUGGAGAAAGUAUUUGGGAUACUGUAA